UCAUAGACCCUGUGAAUGCUCAUCUGCUUGGAGUUCUGUCCGUCCAGGUCAUCAUGUCAGACUCCAACAACACUGGCACCUCCUUCUUCCUAUCAGGCCUCCCAGGCCUUGAGGCUGUGUACACCUGGCUCUCCAUCCCUCUGUGUGCCAUGUAUGUGGCAUCUCUGGCAGGGAACAGCCUGAUCCUCUGGGUGGUGAGGUCAGAGCCCUCCCUGCACCAGCCCAUGUACUACUUUCUGUCCAUGCUGGCAGUGACUGACCUGGGCCUGUCUGCCUCCACACUGCCCACCAUGCUCACCAUCUACAUGCUGGGUCUCAGGGAGGUGGCAGUGGAUGUGUGUCUGGCCCAGCUCUUCUUCAUCCACACCUUCUCCAUCAUGGAGUCCUCUGUGCUGCUGACCAUGGCCUUUGACCGUGUUGUGGCCAUCAGCAACCCCCUGCGCUAUGGCACCAUCCUCACGAGUCCCCGGAUUGCCAGCUUGGGCCUGGCCAUCAUGCUACGCAGCGUGGGUCUCCACAUCCCAGCUCCCAUCAUGCUGAAGAAGCUGCCUUACUGCCGCAAUCGCCUGCUUUCCCACUCCUACUGCCUGCACCCUGAUGUCAUGAAGCUGGCCUGUGCUGACACCCACAUCAACAGUGCCUAUGGUCUCUUUGUGGUGCUCUCCACACUGGGUGUGGAUGCAGUGCUCAUUGUCCUCUCCUAUGGUCUGAUCCUCUACACAGUGUUGUCCAUUGCCUCCAAGGCAGAGCGCCUCAAAGCCCUCAACACUUGUGUCUCCCACCUCUGUGCUGUGCUGCUCUUCUACACACCUAUGAUUGGCUUAUCCAUGAUCCAUAGAUUUGGGAGGUGGGCUUCUCCAUGCAGCCAUGUACUGCUCUCCUAUCUUCACUUUCUCACUCCUCCAGUGCUUAAUCCCAUGGUUUACACCAUUAAGACCAAGCAGAUCCGCCUGAGGAUGCUGCGCCUCUUCGGGUUGGGUGGCACUGGCAUCAGAGAUUCUCAGAAUCAUUAAGUCUUUUCUAGAGAGGGAAGGCAGAAGAAACUUUAGUCCUAGUUGCUUCAUGCACCACUGAGCAUAAAGUGAGUCCCAUAGUCAGGAGAGGAAUGUCAGAGAGAGACAGUAUCAUCUUCCACAUGAAGUUCUCAUUCAUGAGAAGAAAUAAUCAUGUUCUCGUUUAUUAAUUUUUCAUUAAACAAAGUUUUGUUCAAUACCUAGCAUGUUAAAUACACUGUUGCAAACCCUGAAGAAAGAAAUAUACCUGA